GUCUAAUGCGUACAUUAGUUCGGAGAUAACCGCUGCUCAAGUUUACCAAGGCAUAACCGAAAGGAAAUUAUGGCCACCAAUUCGAGUGAAAAAUCAAUCACGUUACGUUACAUGUGGGUCGCCUGUCGCGAUCGCGGGUGACCCGGGACAACGAAGGAAUUCGGCACGAAAAAUCCCUUGAACUUUGCAGAAAAAGAAGUGCAGCGAAGGCAACCAUUACCAAGUAGAUCACAGAAGUUGCGGAAUGCAUUUCUUUUUCUCGAAAGAAAGAAUUCUAUGAGACACAUUUGAAUGACUGUUAUGUCAUGUUUUGACGUAAACCCAGCAUGAAUAAAAACGUAAACAAAAGAGCAAGCUUAAAUUUUGGCCUGUAUGGAUGAAAUCUUGGCAGCAAAAUGAUGUUGUAAAGGUCUCAUUGAAAUCAUAAAACUGAGCGCCCCCAUACAUGAUCUAGUUCACCACCCCUGGAAGUUCUGGAACUUUUUUCCGCGAUAAGAAUGCGGCCAGUAGUGUAUUUGUUAUUAACCUAUUCAUUGAAACCUGUAAAUUAAGGUAUAGUUUAGGGUAUACCUAAUAUUUAUAACGAUUUUGACUUUUUUGAACUUUUUCGUUCUCUUCUUUCAAACCAUCGUUUGUCAAUGCUAUCACUUCCUUAGUGGUUGUUGACGCACUGUUUGGAAUACACAUAUCAAUGGCUUUCAAAUGGUAUAUCAUACACGGGUAUAGGGGGUCUGUUAAUUGAAUUGUGGAAAAUCCCCAGCAAUUUAGGGUGAAAGGGUUAAAGAAAGUGUAUCUAGUAACCAUUCUGUAGUUAUCGUACUUCACUAAACUGUCUAUAUAUCUAUCUACUUUACAUGUACACCUUGAUUUCUACCAACUCACCUUGAAAGAACCAAAAACAUGAUCGAGACGGUAUUGAAUUUAACUUAAAUAAUGGGUUUACCACAUUUUUCUCAUUGCAUCUUCACUGGUAUAAUCCGAUGAAUUUGAUCAUGAAUGCCCUAUAACUCAUCACUUUCAUGAAGUGGUCAUAGUAUGGUAACUUGUUUGUUUUUUCCUUUGCUCAGGUACCUAUUUGACAACAAGAUAUCUGUGAUUGAACCGGGAUCGUUCCCACAACGGCACCUGGCACAAUUGCUUUUGUACAAAAACCCCACAUUAUCGUCAAUAACUAUCGUAGCUGAUGGAAAUAGUAAACCCAAUGUGACGGUUUAUAUGUUUUCCGAGAACCUUCCGUCUGUUCCAGUUAAAGACGGUGUACAUUUAAACGUACUUCAAACAAACGGAUUCCGUUGUAGAGAUGAUACGUAUACGUGCCAAAUCUGUCCAAGGGGGACAUAUUCAAGGGGAGAUGGUGUAUCCAAAGGAUGUUUACCGUGUCCAGCAGGGGGCUUUUUUCAAGACUCAGUUGCAGCAAUUGGUGUCACUGCUGAAGGACAUGGAUGUCAGCAUUGUCCCAAUGGAACGUUUAUACACCCAAAAUACGCACCUGGAAAAGCAUCUUGGGAGUGCAAAGCGUGUCCAGAAGGUACUAACACGACAGCUUUGGCUGGAUUCAGGGCAUGCAGGUGCCUAGAGAACUACUUUCGCUUGGAUCGCUUUGGUUCAUGUACGGCUUGCCCUGGUCAGGGCGUCGCAUGUUCUAAUGACACAUUACGUUUGUCACGCGGGUUUUACUGGUCAUGGACGAGAAACGGAAGUAACUCCCAUAAGCACCUUUACAAACUUCUGAUCGCUAAUUUGGCGAUAGAAAGCGACAGCUACCGCAAUGAAUCAAUGAAAUACGUUGGCAGAGUUCCAAAAGCCUACAAAUGUAUUCGUCAAGACUCCUGUCUUGGAGGAAUUGACUCCGAAUGUGCCGAGGGCUAUGCUGGACCUCUAUGUGCCAACUGCCAAUCAGGAUUCUAUAAACGGAUGAUCGCAUGUCACAAGUGUCCUUCAAAGAAGCUCAUUGCUAUACAGUUUGGAGUGCUGGGCUUCAUAGUACUUGUGAUCAUCUUAGUUAUCGUCAAGAGCGAGAAGUCUUCUAAGCCAGGGAGGAGAACCGUAGCUGACAUCUUUCUUUCUCACGUGAAGAUUGUUAUCGGGUUUUAUCAGGUUUUGGCAGGCUUACUUCAAGCGUUUUCGUAUGUCAAGUGGCCUUCCGAAGUUUCUGUCCUUGAGAGUUACAUUAGGUUUGUCCAGCUUAACGUCUUACAGAUUGUUUCCCCAAGCUGUGUCGAAAAAAGUUUCGAAAUGAAUGCUUAUAGCCAUUUCGUUUUCACAUUGGCUGGAAAUGUGGUCAUUGUCGUUGUUCCACUGUUUUGGUACCUUGCCAGGAUAACAUGGAUGAAGAUAAAACAAAAACAACUCGACGAAAGUCAUCUCAUUGACAUUAAAAAGCCUUGUCUCAAAAUUAUAGCAUUUCUGCUCUUUGUUGCGUAUCCAUCUACGUGUGUCAACAUUUUUCAGAUUCUCCCCCUCUCUUGUCACAAGUUGUGUGCAUUUGAAGGAGCUUCUAACUGUCCAUCGUUUCUAAGAGCUGACUAUUCAAUUCUGUGCGACACAGAUACACAUAAGAAGUACAUAUGGGCAGCGUAUGCCUCUUUAGCAUACGUAAUUGGCUUUCCUAUUUUUCUGGCGUACAUCGUGUGGAAAACCCACCUACAGUCUCAGAGAUCCAACAGAUUCUCCCUGGCCGAUGAAAGAGGCAGCAUGGAAGCAGUGGCAUUUGCCAUUUUGUUUCUGCAUGAAAAUUACUCACCAAGUUGCUGGUAUUGGGAAAGUGUGGAAAUGGCGCGAAAAGUGAUCCUGUCGGCUGGCGUUAUCUUUGUUGGAUCGGAAAGCCGCACGCAAGUCGGAAUCGCCGCCAUGGUAUCGGCUGCAUUUGCAAUGCUCCAUGGGAGAUUUAGACCAAUAACUGACAGAUUUGAGGAUUACUUGCAAAUGACGUCCCUCUUGGUGACGUCAUUCAACCUUGGAAUAGGUGUGCUGCUGAAGGUGCCUUCAGAUGAAACAACUGGAAGUCGUGAUAACGUCGGCCUUGGAGUUUUGCUUUUGGUGACAAAUGCAUUGGUAAUAUGCAUUGUGUUAGCACGUUAUUUGCUCGUCUCUUUCCGCCUUGCGAUAGAUUUUCGCAACAACCCUCGGUUCAGCUGUCGUUGCCUGUUUCUGUUGAUGACCACAGCACAGGAAGUGCAAGGAGAUGCCAACGAUGUUAAUUUACAGGGAGCGUCGGCGCCAACAGUGACAAGUGGAUCAGACUUUGAGAUACACACUGCUAUCACUGCCGUGAACGAGUGCUUCGACAUCGACUGUGAAAUCAAUAUUCAGGAUGACCCCUCUGCGCAGAGAACGGAAAGCUUUACAGCAAGUCUGUGAAAUUAAAAAGAAAAAACUUACCUACGCUGUAAACGAGAGCAGGCAAACUUUGGAAUAUUGAAAUGUUAAAAACUGAACAUAGCAAGGUCAAAAUCCCAACUGGAAAAAGACAGAUUUCACAUGCAUGUUACCGACACUAACGAUAGCCCAAGACGUAAGUGAGACAAGCAUAUGCUUUUCAACAACUUCAGACUAGUCGGUAAUUUCGCAGUCCCACUUUAACCUAGAUUUCACUACGACAUAAACACAGGCAUGCAUGGCAAGCAUAACCGUAGUGAGGAAGCCUACAGCACAAGCAUAAGCACAAGCGCAUGGUAGCUACCACGUAGUGAGGACGUGCACAACACAAGCAAAAGCACAACCACAAGCAGAGCAAAAGCUUUUGUUCUUUUUGUGCUUGUGCUUAUGCUUAUGUCAAGUGAAAACGUGCUUCUGUAAACAUCAUCAUAAGCGAAGUCCGCCAUCUUGUUUUACUACAUUGAGGAGAUAUGGAACCGAAAAUAAGGAAAUUAUCCAUUGUACGCAUGUCUUCACGCUUACGCUUGUGUUGUGGGCGUUCUCACAACCGUUAUGUUUAUGCUUGUGCUUGUACUUAUGUUGUAGUGCAAACCAGGCUUUACUUGUAAAAGUCACAGCAUUCUACAAUUCAUUUCGUUUGUCUUAUAAAUUCCUUAAAUAGUACAGGUAAAAACUUAGACUUUGUACAACAAUAUCAAAGUAGCUGUAUGGAGAAAUGCUCAUAGCAAUACAGAGUUUUGAAAACUAUGUUCAGUCGCCCUAGCGGCUAAUAAAAUUAUAAAUGAAAUUACGCUCUUCUUGACACUCCAUAACAUAGACCCAAGAACAGAUGUUCAAAGUUUAACGUAAAUCAAACCUGGGCAGACUUUGAUAAGUUAUUUGCUAUUUAGCAAUUAGAUUUUCGCUUUCAGUUUCCAUGACGGGAUUUUUGAUGGGGACGAAACUUUUUUCCCCAACAAUUUCGAAUUCUUAAAGUCAAGAAACCAUAAUUGUGUUUCUUCUCUUAGUUAUUUUUGGACCUUAAGGGCCCAUUUCGCGUGCUUUGCUAAGGAAGUGAAACAUCAGUUCCGGUUACUUGCGUCAGCCUGAGGGUGGGAAAUGUAAGUAAUUUAAAGGGGAGGGGGGAGUGGGGUUCUUACAAGAUGUCUUUGAAUUGACUCCAAACAAUUGCCUUUCAAAAACUGCAAAAUUUCUGAGUUUUUAAACCCACUUUGCACAAAAAGUAUUCAAUUCAUCGGCUCAAAUUAACUGGCAGAGUUAAUCGUAUGUUGUACAAAUAUAUAAAAUUUUCGAGCAAAGUUUCGAAAAGUAUUAUUGAAUUACUGUUCGCUAACAGUAACAAGACAAAAUAUUUCAGCUGUUGCUACAAUUCAGGGAAUAGUGAAUUUACAGUCAGUUUAUGGGAACUAGCAUUAUCCACGGUUUUUAAAACUGAUUGACCUUACACGAUCAUAUUACUGAAGUUUCGUGCAAUUAGAAAGUCGUGCAUUUUCCUUGAAUGAGGCAUUCCAUUGUCGUCUUCCUCUGUUUCAAAGCAAGUCUUCGUGACGGAAAACGUUUCAUGCGAGCAUGAUUUGAUUUGCAUGAACAUUUCAUAUGGAUGGCUUCUCACUUUUAUAACGCGAAAAUGAGGUUUUGUACACGCCGUUAGUCAAGAAAUUUUGGCAGCUGGGGCGCGCUUUAGUGGCCGUUGCCGUUGCAGAGAGCCGGAGGUUAAAAUAAGAGUGAAUGUAUGGAGCGCUGGCCGGGACAAAAAAGCAUGGCCGUUGUGGAGAGAACUCCGUUGGUGGAGUUUCGACUGUGCUACACUAAGAGGAAACAAUGGUAGAGGCGAAAUUUCUGGAACAAAUUUUUCUCAAUAAAACAGUGUUAUUUAUCGUUAAAAAGAUUAGGAGGUAUAAAUCUUAUUGCAGUGUGUCUUUCGGUUAUCAUGUCUUCGCAAAAGUGUAGUUUUAAUCGGCGAGGGAAGUAGCGCUCCUUCAGCUAAGUAACAUUUGUAGAUUAAAUACUUUGCCGCUAAGUAAGCAAAGGCAAGCUUAAGGCUUUGUGGUAUCGCGUGAGUUGACAAGUCCAUAUGGAAGAAUUGAGUCUGAUAAAUCAACUUUUUCGUGUUUUUUUGCGACUACCCCGCACAAAAAAUCAUUCCAGAAUGGGGCUAAAUGGGAGCACUUUAAAAACAUAUACGUGGGUGUAUGAUAUGUGGUAGUUUUUUUUAACACCAGCAUUUGUCACGUUAAAAAUGAUCUCUUCCUGUGGUGCUCGGGGUAUCAGUGAUUAAUUUUGUGGUGAUUAUGAUAUUGCCAGCACUUCCUCGCGGUGGCAAUAAAUAUUUCAAGGCUUUCUGGGAUGUUCAGUAUAUGUCAAAACGUAUUGCUAAUCUCAAAAUAAUAAUAAAAAAAGAUAGAAUAUUAUCAUUUUUUUAUGUACACUUUUAGAAGUAUUUAAUUGUAAUUAGUGAAUGUGUGAAUAAAAAAAGAUGAUACCAUUAAAUGCCGUUCAAUGUAGUAAAAUACCUCUAAUUUGAGACUCACGUGAAAUAAUAAAGUGAAGCUUUACGUUUAGUUAACUGGUAAUUACUGGGAGUAAGUCGAAUGCUGUGAACACUUGUCACAGAACAGUGCCGAAAAUGCUCAUAAAAGCACAUUGUCUUUCUCUUGACCCGUCUAAUUUAGAACUCACAUAAAGUAAUGAGGUAAAACUUUAAAUUUAGUUUAGAAUAAUUCUCUUUUUAUAAUGUGUGAUGUGUGGCCAGACCAGACGGGUCGAUAUGAAACGAUCCAGAAAAAAAGCUGCCCAAUCCGUACACGACAGCAAAUCAUUUAGCGGACAAUUCAGGCCAAUGCAUUCACCGGUUGAGACAUUUUAAAAAACAACUUUCCGGCAAAUUGAGCUCAGUUAUAAGAUGGUAUAUAAAGAGACUUAUUAAACUGUGUAAAGUCGGGUCGGAUCUAGAAAUAUAUGUCUCAAAGUCGUGGCGAGGUUCGUGCAAAAUGACCACAAGCCAAAUAGUUUUCGUCUGUACCAACUUUAACGAACAGCUUAAGCCAACGUUAAUUUUAAUUUCGUUCAAUACGUAGUGAUCCCCUUAGUCAAUGACUUAAUAAUAUAGCGUCGGAAGAUGAUU